UGUCUGACAGACAAGCAAGAGUCAAGCGCGUUUUCGUAUUUCGAGCGCUGAAAAUUGUGAUGUAAAAAGAGAAAACUGAAUGUUUACCAGCCAUCAUGGCAAACCCCAGGAAAUUUAGUGAAAAAAUUGCCCUCCAUAAUCAAAAGCAGGCUGAAGAAACUGCUGCUUUUGAAAAAAUAAUGCGCGAAGUUUCCGACGCAACCAAUAAGGUUAGUUCAAGUAGCAGACGGGCCCAGGCCAAAGCUCCUCCCCAGCCCACUGAGAGUAAUGAAUCAUCACUCCGGCCCUCUCCACAAUGCUUGGGCACAUUCCGCAGUGGCUCUUUGCCAAAUGUGGCUGCACCACAGGCCACAAAUGCAGAGCCAGAAAAUGAUAAGCCCGAAGAGGCAUCAUUAGCAACUCAGUAUGGUCUUGGAGGCGGGCGUAGUGGUGGGGCGUCCCCAUCUCGAAAUUCAGGGCAGCGGGGACGCGCCUCAUCCUCUGUCGGUCCUAUGCGUCGUCCGGCAGACCGAAAACACGAUACCAGUCCUUAUGGAAGCACCGUCUACUUGAGUCCACCGCCAGACAGUAAUUGGCGGCGAACAAAUUCAGACUCGGCGCUUCACCAGUCGUGCGGCGGCGAGCAGCAAGUGGCUGCACAGCCGCUUUCACCACACCACCCUCUGCAUUCCCACGCACAUCCGCACUUACAUCCUCAUCAGAAUCAUCGGAGAACUGCCGACAUACAUCUCGAUGUGCUGACGACGCUGGGAAUGAACCCGACGAAUCGUCCCAGAUCCUCGUGCGAAAUACCUAGAAUACCAAACAAUAACAAUGUAUACGAGAGCGGAGGGGACGGCGGGGGAGGCGGCGGCGGCGGUGGGGGCGGCGGAGGCGGCGGGUUGGCGUGCGGCGAGCUGCAGGUGCCGGGCGGCUCGCUGCCCGAUCUCACCUCCGUGCACUUCCCGCCGCCGCACUACAUGCAGCACAGGAACUCGCCCGAUUACCACCAGCCAAGAUAUAGUCCGACGUCGCCGGGCGCGGUGUCCCCCGGCGGCGGCAGUGUGUCGCCGGCGACGGGCGGACUGUCGCCCGCGUCGGGCUCACCAGUGGGCGCCACGGUGCCGUUGACCGCCGCGCUACAUGCCUUGCCGCACACGCAUCACCCGCACCAACACGACCACACCGCGCUCUACGACGCGCAGAAUCACUUAUCUGUACCAAACACAAAUAAUUAUCUCCAUCAUAAUAAGAACAUGUCACCUUUGGACCACACAGGUUGGAUUACAUCAAGUUAUCAGUCCCACUGUAGUCCGCCCUCACAAUAUUCUUCGACAUCGAAUAUAAAUAUACCUUCACCCACGAUGGUACACAGUCCUGGCAGUCCAGUAGAAUCACCACAGACAGACUACAACAAUCUACACCAAGUGUUACUACAACCCUUUGAACAGAUUACAAUGAUGGACGCACCCGUUUCGAAUUACAACACGACGUAUAUGAACCACAGUUCCCCGCAUUCGCCACAGACGACGAAUACGCCCCACACAUAUUCACAGGCGCCACAGGGCGGCGGCGGCGGCGGCGGCGGCGGUGGGGGCGAGACGCGGCGGGGCGGGCGCGACCCGGUGCCGGGCGGGGGCGGGUUCGCCGCGCUGCAGCCGCUCGCCUCCCCGUCCGCGCCGCCCACGCCCGCCACGCCCGCCAGCAUACCCGACAUCAUACUCACCGAUUACUCGGGCGAAAUAGACGCGGGCAUAUUCGGCGGGGAGGAGGCGCAGCUGCGCGAGGGUCUCGACCUGGACGACCUCACGCUGCUGGAGGAGCCGAGUGCGCUGCUGCCGGACUCGUCGGUGGAGCACGAGUUCCGGCUGGACCGCUUGUAGUACUGCGCCACCGCCGCCACUGCCACCGCCAGCCGCCCGCCGCCACCGUCGCCGUCGCCGUCGCCGCCAUCGCCACCACCGCCACCGCCACCGCCGCCGUCACCUCCGCACACCGAGUGGCGCCGCUAUUCGCAUUCCGUCUGUAUGUUUCCCAAGUUUGUCCGCGGUGUCACGGCAGCGUAACGGAGAGGCCGACGCGACGAGACUCCCUAUACUUCAUGACAAUUUCUAUCGUUUCAAGUCUGAGUUAGUGAACAUAGGGCUCGGUGUAGCCGCCUGUAGUUAUAGUAAGGUUACGUGAGUGACGCGAGGCCGAGGGGACGAGCGGCUGCGACUCGUCGACACAUUCCCAGCACUGGGCGCGCCCGACACGUUCACAGUAGACUGUAACAUUAUGACGAGUGCAAGUGUUCAUUGUGGUUUUAACAUUUUACUCAUGUUUCUAAUUCGAAGGGUUAGGUAUGUUAUAGAAUUAGAUUUUUUAAAUGGUAAUCGAUCAAUUUAUCGACGAUUAGUGUACAGCAUGAAGUGAUUAUUUUUUAAUUAGUAUUGUGAAUAUUUACUCGAAUAUCAAUUAGGGAAUUCAAUUCGUAUUAAAUGGAGACAAUUUUAUUAAUAUUCUAUAUGUGAAGACCGCAUUGGUCGUUUCUUUGUACAUAAAAACUUGAAAGUGUUCACUUUAUUGAAAUUGCAUUUAAAUCGCUAUUGUCGCAUGGUCGUUUAUAUCAUUUGGUUGCGUAAAACGAAUUGUUAAAUUAUUACGUUUUAUAUUAUGCACAUUUCGUGAAGUAUAAGAUAUCUAAGCUUACGGUUCCUGUGGCAAGUUUAUUUGCAAUUAGUACCUAUAUUGACAACAUUUCUUGAUAUUUUCUUGAUAAUUCUAACAUUUAGUCCAUAUAACUUUGAUAUUUUUAAAACCUUUUAUGAAUAUCAUAGUGGCAAUAAGUAAUGCUGUAUCUUAUACACAAUUAAACUUAUUAAAAAAAAAAAACAAAAUCGAAUUUAAUAUAUCAAUUAUAAGAAAAUAUAUAAUGGAACUGUGGGCUCAGAUUGCUUUCGUCACAUUUGAAAUCUUUGACAUUUUAAAAUAAUUAUCAUUCAGCGAUUGCUCAACCGUUGACUGAAAUUUACAUAUUUAGCAAGAUUAAACAAUUUAAAAUCAGCUUUAACUCCAUUCAGGAGUAGUAAAUAUAUUUGAUGACUUCAUUUUUCAUCAAUAUUAUUCAGCAUGACCACGUUAUGUCCCAAUACCUUUGUACAACAUGUUUAGAAUAACAAUUGAAUAGCAUUGUAAAUAAGAAUUGUUAUUAAACAUUUUAAUAAGCUUUUGUCGCAAACAUAUCUUUGCCUGCAUACAAGUGACAAAUAAUUCCAUUUUUAAAUGGGACUAUUUAUAAUUAUAAAUAGCCAGAUACCAAAGUUUCUAUUUAUCUAUAAACCAAAGUCGAUUGAAAAAAUAUAAGUAGCUUUAUUCAACAUUUUAAGUGGAUAGUAGACUAAUUACAGUCUCUUGCUGUACACACUUUAUUUUUUUAUAUUAACAGGGGUUUAUUAAAAGACUAGGCCACUGGACAAUAGCUUUAUUAACUUCCAGAAAUGAUUAUACAUCUUAAAGUAUUUCUAAAUGAUUAUUAAAGUAAAUGAUUUGAUACCAAACUAAAAUCUUUUAAGUUUGUUAUUAAAAUGGUGAUGGUAAGAGUUUUUGUAAACAUCAUAAUGUAUAUAUAGAAAAAUAUAUAAGACCACCAUCUUAAUAAUAGACCAUCUCAUAGAAUAGAUCUUGAAAUUAAAAUAAUAUAAUUUCCGAAAAUUCACCCGAGAUGACAGGUUCACGCGGGUAAAGCAGAAAUAAACAACUACUAUAAAAUUACAGAUAAGUUUUUAGUGUCAAUUUUAUUGUUAAUUUAUUGUUAAAAUUUUAAGAUACUCUAGAAAGAGCACUUUUAAACAAUUAUUCAGAAAUGUUAAGAUGCUGUCUUAUUGUAUGAAACGUAUUUAAAACUGGGAUUAUUCACCACUUGUAUAGGCUUUCUUGUGUAUGUAGGUAAGAGUGGGAUGCGAGACUCUACAACGAGAAAUUUUUUAUUUCACUAUUUGUUACAUUUUGAUAUCGGUCAUAAUUAUUUUAGGGUGUUUGUAAUGAAUACUCGACACUGGGCCCGUGUGUAUGUUCGCACGGUUUGAAAUAACUGACCUAAAACUUUAAGUAGAUGUUAAGUUUCUAAAGCAUAUAGUUGUUAGGCAUUCUGUGCACUCGCAAUAUUAAUUGCUGUUUAAGUUUCUACCUUCUCUCUUUAAUGUUUAUAAUGUUAGUGACUUUAUUGUCAAGAUGAAAAAUGUACAAAUAUAUAAUUUAGUGCGAAUAUAUAAUUUAGAAAUUAAUAUUGCGAACGCGCUGAUUCGAAAGUAGACACGUGUUUUGUUUUAUAAAUGCUCAUUUUAUUGUUUUUUAAGAGUCUAGUCAUCAAGUUACGAGUUUCAAAUGGAAAUAGACCCUGUUUUUUGGCGUAAACAAAUGAACCGGCGUUCAUACUGUUUUAAUUCCAUUCCAAAUGAAUACAAUUCGCAUACAUCUAUGUAUGAGUAACGGAAUGGUUCGGUUAAUAAUUAAGUAAUAGGUUACUUAUUUGUGUAGAAGUGUUUGUUUGUACUCUUCUGUUCUUCUACAGUUACACCAAUCACAAGUAGUUAAUGUUUGAAUUUGCGUUUUGAAUAUUGUACACAAUAAACAAUGUUCAUAUUGUUACUAUCCUUCAAAGUUUACUUUCAAUUCCCAUAUAAGGUUAUAAUACUGUAUGACAGAUGUAAUGUACUGUAUAAAGUAGUAUGUACUAUAAAUGUGAUAAAUUAAAAAAAGCACAACAUAAAUCAUAGCAAAGCCUAAUCAGAUGAUAAAGUAAGUUUCUUUUCAUAAAUUUUAAAAUAGUGUUUUCUAAAUUAAAUACAUUAUGUACAUGUUAUAAGCUAGUGUCUGCCAAAUGCAGAGUAUGUAUGGACCUGAGAGUCUUGGGUAGGACUCGAGUCUAAGUCAGAGGCAAUAUUACUGUGUUUUAUAUUUUGGAAUUUUAUCAACAUGCCAUACGAUGUGAUUCAUUAUAUUAAUUCAAUGUUAUACGAAUUGUUACAUUAUUUUAUUGUUUUCUAUCAUUAGGAGUGCAAUGCCAAAUUUCAAAAUUACUUAUUCUCUACCCAGUAAUGUUGUGUUGGAUCAGAGAUCUGGCAGUAGGCGACCUAUUUUCUAUUGCCUCAUUGCAUUUGAUGUACUCAUAGUUGUAAAAUCUUUUGGUUUUUUUUUUUACCUUUUGCAUUUUGGAGUUAGGUUACGUAUUUAGGUAACGUAGGGUAUAAUGUACAUGUGCAGGUAUGAGAAAGCUUUCAUUUGGAAGCAACGAGACACCAAAAUGUGUGAUCGACUAUUUCUACAAAUCCUUUUAACUAUUUGAUCUAUUUGUAUGACAUUAAAUCUAGGACAUAAAUGUUUUUUCUCAAAUAUGCACAAACUUAACGAGGAUUUUGCAGUAAAAUUUCAAAGGUUUGUUUUAUUUAAACCAAAAUGUACAUAAUAAGUGUGAUAGAGAUGAAACGGUCUCAUUUAAAAUAAAAUUGUUGUAAGUA